AUGAUGCUCGACAAAAUAUUUAAUCAACUAAAUAAUCAAACAAAUUCAAAUGGUGACAGUCAUUCCUUAAAUCAUUAUGAUAUACCACAUAUAACAAAUGCGAAUGAUUUAAAUGAAUGGGAAGAUACUAUAAAAGACUCAUCAUAUUUGUCAAAAAUUGCUCAACAACUUUCACUUAUGGGUGGUCAUAGUAUUUCAGAAACAGUAAGAAAGUUAAUGCAAAGAUUGUUUUCUGAUACAUUUUUAGUUGACUACUCCUUCAUUGGUUUUAAAGGAAAAAAAACAUUUUCUAAUUUAAGGAGCUGUGAUCUUAUUAAGUUGGCAGUGAGAAAGGUUCCCUUAUUUCAAAAUGCUUCUGACAAUGAAAUUGAAAAACCUCUGAAAUCGUUUAUGGCACAGGCAUCAGCAAGAUUAAAAUUCAAGACAAAAGUUAUUCCAAGUACCAACUCUGAAAAUACAGAUUCAGAAAAAGAUCUAUAA